UAUAGAGUUUAGGCCAACUCUUCAUCUCUCUCUACAAAAACAAAAUAAUCCCAAAAAUCUCUUUUUCAAUAUUUGGUUUCAUCAAACAUCAAAAAUUUUCUUGAACUUAGUUGUUAUUUUCUUGAAAAAAUAUUAUCAUCAUGGGGAGACAACCUUGUUGUGACAAAGUUGGAUUGAAGAAAGGUCCAUGGACAGCUGAGGAAGACAAGAAACUCAUUAACUUCAUUCUCAAUAAUGGACAAUGUUGUUGGAGAGCUGUCCCUAAAUUAGCAGGGUUAUUGAGAUGUGGAAAGAGUUGUAGAUUAAGAUGGACAAAUUAUUUAAGACCAGAUUUGAAGAGAGGACUUUUAUCAGAAUAUGAAGAAAAAAUGGUUAUUGAUCUUCAUGCUCAGCUUGGAAAUAGGUGGUCAAAAAUUGCCUCUCAUUUACCUGGAAGAACAGAUAACGAAAUAAAAAAUCACUGGAAUACACACAUCAAGAAGAAGUUGAAGAAAAUGGGGAUUGAUCCAAUCACUCACAAGCCACUCUCCACUAUCACUAUUGACCAUACAAACACAUUAGAACAAGAAAAUCAACCAAUUGAAGAAGAAAAAAAUCAAGAUAUAUUAUUGGCACAAAUGGAUAUCGAAAGUAGUUCAAUUGAUCAAUCAACUAUUGCAAAGAUCAAAUCAGAAGACGAUAACAAUAACAAUAAUAAUAACACCAUGGCAACGAAUUGCGCUAAUAAUUUUGACUCAACCAUAGUGGAAGUCAACAAUAAUGGCUUUUGUAUUGAUGAAGUUCCAUUGAUUGAACCUCAUGAGAUUUUAGUCCAAGAAUCAACUCCAUCAACAUCAUCCUCUUCAUUUUCAUCAUCAUCAUCAUCCAACAUUCUUGAAGAUUUGAAGUUUUUGUCAAGCUUCGAUGAAUGGCCAUUAAUGGAAAAUAAUAAUAACAACAAUGUGGGAUUUGGAUGGGAAAUUAAUAAUGAUUUUAGCAGCACAUUGGAUUUUUUGCUUGAGGAUGAUCAUAGUGACAUGAUGAAUAAUGUUACAUUUGAUGAAUCUUGGAAGUUUGAGCAACUCUUGUGAUAUAAUACAUAAGUUUAUUCGAUACGCAGAGUUUAAUUUAAAGUUUUUUUUGAUUGGUCAGUACGUGUCACUUUUUGUUAAUAGUAGUUUUAGUUGAUAAAAAAGUGGGAAAAAAAAGGUACAUGGGAGAAAAAUACAAAAGUUCCCAUAUCAAAUAUUUGUUUUUACUUUUUGUUGUAAAAAACUCUUUUGUUAUAAUGUACAAAUCAGAAUAAAUUGCUGAAUGAAAAAGUUAUAUAUAUUCUGAUCAUUAUACAAGUUUCAUCUAUAUUUUUAUGAACUUUUCUUUUUAGUUUGUUAA